UUCUUGCUAUUUAGAGGUGGAACCCGUACCGAAUUAUUAGAAAAGAUCCUGAAAAUCGGCAAAAGUAAUCCUGAUUUUGAGUGUACUUUAUUAUUAUUAUUAUAAUGGAGCAAAAUUUGCCAGAAUCAAAAUCACUGAGAUCAUUUAAAAUUUUAGGACCAACACCAAAUUUUAAAUUUGGACCAAAAGCAUGCCUGUUAGAAACUAUAUCAAAAGAAAACAACAUAAUAAAUUUACCUUAUUCAUCUUGUCAAAUAUUGAGAUGGGAUUCACCACCAAGAACUAUCUUGAUCAUUAAAAAAUUGGGAGAUACAUCAAUCAAUGAAGCCUUUUUCCAAAUGAUUACAUGGUUGAUUAAAGAAUAUGAUAUGAAUAUUCUUGUGGAAAAAAGUGUUAUGGAAGAAGAAUUACUUAAAGAGAAGAUGGCCAAGGCUGAUAUUAGUUCAAAAAUAUCUACCUAUAUUAAAUAUCACUGCAAUCUAAAUAAUAAAGUUGAUUUUAUUAUAUGUUUGGGUGGAGAUGGCACCUUACUUUAUGCAUCAUCUAUAUUCCAAUAUAAUCAUUAGUAUUACUUAUAUUCCAAGCUGAUAACAUGAUGGGAACUAAAAUACGCGUCCCCGAAAACUACGCGUCCCCAGUCAAAACGACUUAUUUUUAUUAUUAUUAAUAGAAAAUCUUAUUAAGCUUUAUAAUAUGAGUUAGAAAAUGUUUUUUUUAAUUUAAAAAAAAUACGGUAACUAAAUAAAAUUUAUAAAAAUUUAUUUUUUUUGGCUAAACUAUGCGUCCCCGGUCAA